UGAAUAGUUUAGUAUUAAUUUGAGUACGAAGAUCUCCGAGUCGUCCAGAGCUGCGCCCUGCAAUCGUCCAUGAGCGCUCCGUCAGGUACGGUACAUUGCCAAGUCCUAGCAAGCCACGUCCCAGCCACUACCUAGGUUUGAUUAUAACACCACUACACCGCGAGAUAUAAAGUAAUGUGGUAUCUUACUGCUGAAAGCCCCCAUGAACUCCUAAGCUCUGAUUUGUUGAAGCUAGGUAAUGAACCGUUUGUCUAGAGCUCCCCCUAAGGAGGUAGGAAGGCUUGGAGCUCUACCCUCAGACGGGACGGAAUUGUCCUAUCAAAAUCGAUCCUCAGCUAGUUAUCCCAUUGGAGGCUGUGCUAUGAGAACAAUGGCCGAAAUCGCUGGAUGGAGCUGGAGAAUGUGCAGGCAAAUGAUGAGACACUUUGGUGACGUUUUGCUGGGUGAAGUGUGCCUGCCACAGGCUUGCGGAGGUUGCAGCAGGCUGCCAGCAAGGGGAGGGGCCUUGAGCUCCUUGCGGCCUAGUCGCGGUCCGGCGGAACGAAAUUCAGUGCCAGGGAUGGUCUGUCAGUGACUGGAUUGACGCCUUCCGCCUUGACGCCAUGCUUGAAAUUUUCAUCACGUACCCCCGUCAACAUCCACUUCCAGCAACCCGCAAAGCUUCCCUCCUCAAGCGACCUCUCUCACAAUCGAUCGCGGUACAUUUACUCGAUCAUCUACCACCUUUGUCGACCGCCUCGACAAACCCACACUUCUCCUUUUCCCAACGACAACGCGUAUCAUUGCUCAGAUGGCUGAUGAAUCCGCCCCCUCCCCCACCUCCGGUGCCCCUGCCGCAUCCAGGUCGAUUUCGGAUGCCCCUCCCGCCAAGGCAACCAUCUACGUCGGCAACCUGUCGUGGUCGACCGAUGAGCAGGCCCUGAGGGAUACCUUCAAGGAGUUUGGCGAGAUCCAGAAUGCCACCGUUGUCAUGAGGGAUGGCAGGAGCGCUGGCUUCGGCUUCGUCGACUUCUUCAACAACGAUGACGCCCAGGAGGCCAUUAAGCAAAUGAACAACACCGAGCUUGAUGGACGUACGAUCACUGUCCAGGAGCGGAUUCAAAGGGCCGGCGGCGGCGGCGGCGGUUUUGGCCGAGGACGCGGUGGCUUCGGCCGGGGACGCGGUGGCUUCAACCGCGACGGCGGCGGCUAUGGUGGAAGGGACGGCGGCUACGGCGGUCGUGACGGUGGAUACGGUGGCCGAGACAAUGGGUACAGCCGUGGAGACUCAUACCGCGGUGGUGGACGUGGUGGUGGCUGGGGCCGCGACAGUGGCAGAGACAACAGCUACUCCGGCGGCAACGGAAGCCGGGAGGGUCCUUACUAAAGAAACGAGGAAACGAUAUGGCCCUCAAGCCUUGUGCGGGUGUGGAUCGAUGAGCUUUGGAGGACUGAGUCUGCUGAGUUGUCUUCGGGCGACCUCGGUUCUAAUACAAUGAAGUGCCGAGUCUGAGUUGGGCUGCUUUGGUGUAUAACAUUACUUCUCGAUAUUUCGUGGGAUUGUGGAGGAGCUCUAUAUGCUCUGAUACUGGGCGGACAAGACACAAAGAAGCACUCCUGCGUGCAACGAAUGCAGACUGCGUUUAGGGUGCUCGGACCGGCGAUGCCACAAACGGUGUUCAGCACUGAUCUUAUUCUCCAUGAUACAAUUGCCCUUGGGGCUGGCCAGCAUGCCCACCUGACGGCAGGAGUGGAUGGUCUAGUCGCUGGGCUCUCUCUAUAUACAUCGUAUAAACCAUUAACCAUCACACUA